AGCACCAGACCAGCCCCUCCAAAAUGUGCGUCAGUGAAAGUGUUGAGUCCUGGUGCUCCAUACUUUCCAGUUAGGCUCCAUGAGCACGAACAACUCUCCAACCGCAGACGUCGAUAACACAGCUUCACCUGGGAAUUGGAAGACCAUACCAAACAAUCAUGUUGGAGAACGAGGCUUUUUCCUGUUUUGUUUUCUAUAGUGUUCUCCUGGUCAUCAAGAUGUACAUCAUAGCAAUCAUCACUGGACAAGUCAGGCUUCGUAAAAAGGCUUUCGCUAACCCAGAGGAUGCGCAGAGACACGGCGGCGUCCAGUACUACAGAGAGGAUCCGGACGUAGAACGGUGCCGAAGAGCUCACCGUAACGACAUGGAGAAUAUCUUCCCUUUCCUGUUCCUGGGGGCUGUGUACUCCCUGAUUGGCCCGUCGCUUGCCGUGGCCCGCGCUCACUUCCUGGUCUUCUUCCUGUUCCGCAUGCUCCAUACAGUGGCCUACCUGUGUGUCCUGCGGGCACCCACACGCUCCCUGGCCUAUGUCGUCGCCCAAGUGCCCUGCGUCUCCAUGGCAGUGCAGGUCCUCGCGGCGGUGGCCUCCUCGUGGUAGUUGUGGUGUUCUGGAUCUAUCUGUGACCGCUUCAAUCUGAGACCAAUCUCAGUCUGUGAGAUCAGCGGUAGAGGAUACUGCAAGGGAAAUCCUCAAGACUAUAUCGCUAUCAAUGCUACCAUAGCAGUUUGUGUCUCUCGGCUGUAAGACAGUGUGUACUCUGAAAGCGUGUACUCUGAAAUGAAGUCAAUGUUGUGCUCUAGCAAGCACAUCCUCCUGCAGUACUGUAUGUUUGCUAUGCAAUGUUGAAGUCAAUUGCCUCCCUCUUGAUAGUCCAGGGGACUCUACUCUCUGAAGAUAAAGGUUUUAAUUAGUUAACAUUGAACCUUUUAACCAGUUCAUUGUGUUGUCAUGUUGUUUUUGUAUACACAAGUUGUUGCUUGUUUCUGUCUUUUUUAUUCUCUAUGUCUUGUUAUAAACUGGGUGGUUUGAGCUCUGAAUACUGAUUGGCUGACAGCUGUGUUAUUUUUACUGCUCUAAUUACGUUGGUAACCAGUUUCUAAUAUAAAUAAGGCACCUCAGGUGUUUAUGGUAUAUUACCAAUAUACCACGGCUAAGGGCUGUAUCCAGGCACUCCGCGUUGCGUUGUGCGUAAGAACAGCCCUUAGCCGUGGUAUAUUGGCUCAAUACCACACCCCCUCGGGCCUUAUUGCUUAAUUAUACUUAACCCUGAUUGGCUCCAGGGGUGCUGUACUACAAUGGCUGACCCUGUAAAACAAUACAUUUCACUGCACCUAUUUUAUUCCACUGAGAGCUAUUUUAGUACGGCAUGUCUGGGAUAUAAUGACCUUUUAGCUGAAACCAGCUUGAUCCAGUCUUAGAGGUAGAAGUGAAGAGCAGGCAUGUGCCAUUCUGGUGGUUCACUGUGUUCGUUUAUCUAGCAUUGGCCACCAUGGCAUCACAUGAUGGGGGAUGAUGACACAGAGACAUCAGGUCUACCACACCUGUCGAUGGGAUACUGAUGAGGCCAAGAGUUUUUCCUGAUCACAGGAUUUGACUACAGCCCAUAGUUUUUCCUGGUCUGGUCCUGGACCUAGAUAGGAGCUAUGACUGCUGAAUUGUCCAUAAUCAUAACAUAUAUUUUAUCCUCCACCUCUGUGUUUCUUUAGCCUGGUCCUAGAUCAAAAUUGGCAAGACAGGAUAGGGGUUUCUUCAGUAUUGUCCAUCUAGGGUAGCCUAGUGGUUAGAGCGUUGGACUAGUAACCGGAAGGUUGCGAGCUGACAAGGUACAAAUCUGUUGUUCUGCCCCUGAACAGGCAGUUAACCCAUUGUUCCUAGGCCAUCAUUGAAAAUAAGAAUUUGUUCUUUACUGACUUGCCUAGUUAAAUAAAGGUCAAAUAAAAUAAAUAACCAAUGGGUGGUUUGUUGAUGAA